GAUCAACACAGAGGAGUAGCAGGAAAGAAGCUCAUGUCCUGAACAUGUGCGAGGCGUGUGAAUGUACCUCUGCUCCUGUGAGAAGGUGUGCACCUCCUGUGCAGCCCUUGCUGAUUGCUUCUCUGCAUGAUGCUGUGUCUCAAACUUCAGUGGUGCAAAGUGUCUAAGGCUGCAGGAAGGAGUGGGGAAUGGGCUGCAGGGUCAACUCCUCUGGGAAGCCCUGAGCAAGAGACAACUCUGCUAACUAACCCUUCUAAAACAGGAAAGAGACUACAAGAAUGGAUCUCUGUCAUCUUAUGCUUCUCUCUGAUCUGUUUCAAUUUCUACAAUCUCCUCCUCUACUUACGACUGGAACACACGCUCUCCGUUAUUGUUGGGAUAUUUGCAGGAGUCAUUACAGCUGACUUUCUAUCAGGAUUGUUUCACUGGGGAGCAGAUACCUGGGGAUCUGUGGAGCUACCCAUAGUUGGAAAGGCAUUCAUCAGACCCUUUAGAGAACAUCAUAUUGACCCCACAGCAAUUACCAGACAUGAUUUUAUAGAGACCAAUGGAGACAACUGCUUUAUGACACUAGUCCCAUUGGCAAAUAUGGCAUACAAGUUUGUUUCUUUUUCCCCAGAGGCACUGUAUGAAACGUGUCCUUGGGAGUGUUACGUCUUUGCCCUUAUCAUCUUUAUCACCAUGACAAACCAGAUUCACAAGUGGUCGCACACGUACUUUGGUCUUCCACGCUGGGUCAUAUUUCUCCAGGACUGGCAUGUCAUCCUGCCACGGAAGCAUCACAGGAUCCAUCAUGUGUCUCCACAUGAGACAUACUUCUGCAUCACAACUGGUUGGCUGAACUAUCCAUUAGAGAAGAUAAGAUUCUGGAGAUGUUUGGAGAACAUUAUCCAAGCAGUUACUGGGGAGAAGCCAAGAGCAGAUGACAUGAAAUGGGCUCAGAAAAUUAAGUAACUUUUGCCAGCUGUCUGCAAUCCUUAUCUUGUUGCCAAUGUUGGUUUUAAAAAAACAAAGCCAUCAGCCAAAUUCAAGACCUGCAAAGAAAUAAUGGACUCUAAAGCACAAACUAAAAAGUGCUAACACAGACUGUAAUGAAAUGAACUAAUUCUUAAAACAAUACUUGAAAUGAAGAUGAUUACUCUUACUGAGCACCUUUUUGUUUAGCCAUGUCUGCUCACAUCUUAGAAAGUCCUUCAUCGCUGUAUCUCAUAAGGCUAUCGGGUAAGCCAGAAGGCAGGACAGUCACUCCAGUGGUACGUGGUGGCGUAGCAAAACAUGUGUUGUAUCAACAUUAUUUAACACUUCAAAAAGAGCUUGUUGCCUAAGACCUAUAGGGAGAACAGUGACAAUGGUUUGUCACUUAGUGUUUGAGUCCAAAUGCACUGCAUGAAAACAGUGUGUCAGAGUAAUGGAAGCCUAUAAAAUCAUCACUGCUCAAUGCACUUAAUGAUUGAUGAAUUUACAGCUCUAUCUUCACUAUAAUGUUAUAUCAAAUUGAUGUAAUGUGGAGCAGACUUUGAGAACCCCACUCUGCCAGUGGGCCAUGAAUCCUCAAGUGUCUUCAGUUUCCCUUAAAAUAAAGUUGUUCUACUCUCCAUGGAAUUGAGCAAACCGUUUCUGCAUAAGCCUUCAACUUAAGCCUCUGAGGAGAGGGAGGGCACCCAGUACAACACAUGCUCGAGUUUGUUCAUGUGGAGUGCUCGCUGAUGAGUCUUCUAUUAAGUGUUUCCUACCCUAACAAUAAAUGUUCAAAAUAGUUCUAGCAUUGGGCACAUUGCAAAUAGCUGUAUUCAAGAGCUCAAGGUAUCAAAUUUGUAAUGUUAGAAGGGAAAUGUCAAUGACUGGUGUUUUGGUUUUGUUUGUUUUUUUUAAGGUGCUUGCUUGUUUCUGUAAAUAAUAUAAAGCCUUAAUCUCUUCUGGUGUAAUGGAAUAAUAUUUUAAUGUGAUGUUUGAAUGUAUAUAAUAUAUUUAUAACAAAGCAGUUGGAUAAUACUAAUCAUGUUUGUUAA